AUGGCCAGCCAUUUACGUCAAGUUAAGCAACAUUUGCAGAUAUUCCUCUCAACCUUGGAAAGCGACGAUGAAGUCAAAAUCGACGGACAGAGUUUGAGCAUUGCCCAACUGGUUUCAAUUGCCAGGCAAGUGCAUUCGACCCGAGUUUCCAUUGAUCAAACCGACGCCGUAAGGAACCGUAUGCAGGCCAGUGUCGAUACUCUGCGAUCUUAUAUUGAUAAGGGGCACAAAAUAUACGGCGUAAAUACUGGCGUCGGCGGAACCUCCUACACUAGGACGAACGAGCUCUCGACGCUCCAAUACUCUGCCUUUCAGCACCAGCACUGCGGAAUCUUGCUGGAACACUCCCAAAAUGGCAUGCCUGGGAGAUACUCUGCCGCAGGACAGUACAGUCUUCCAGACGAGACCGUUCGGGGAAUGGUCGUCGUGCGCUGCAAUUCCCUCCUUCGAGGGCAUAGCGGAGUCAGGAUGCAACUCGCAAACUUUCUAAUGGAGGCGCUUGCACACGGCAUUUUGCCACUUGUACCCCACCGUGGGAGCAUCUCUGCGUCUGGAGAUCUAAGUCCACUCUCCUAUCUGGGCGGUUUGGUGGAGGGUAAUCCUGAUAUCCUGGUCAAGACGAAGGAUGGCGAAAACUUCCAGGUUAUCAACGCCGACGAGGCGCUAAGGCGUGUUAGGAUGACUCCAUUUGAGCUACAGGGAAAGGAAGGACUAGGCUUGAUGAAUGGUACCGCUCCAAGUAGUAGCGCCGCUGCACUGGUUGUCCAUGACAGCCAUAUUUUGGCGGUCUUGACUGAGAUCCUGACUGCCAUGAGCACCGAGGCUCUCCAGGGAACUGUGAAUAAUUACCACGAGUUUAUAUCGACCUGUCGCCCGCACCCUGGUCAACGCGAGGUAGCACGCAAUAUGCGGGGAUUCCUCUGCGGCUCGAAACUCUGUUCUGGGAUGGAAGGGCUGAUAGUGAGCCUGGCGCAGGAUCGCUACGACUUGCGCACCGCACCGCAGUGGAUUGGGCCGCAGCUGGAGGAUCUAAUGGCAGCAGAGAGCCAGGUGAGCAUCGAGCUCAAUUCCAGCACAGACAACCCCCUCUUUGAUGCACAAGAGAACACCUGCCAUCAUGGAGGGAAUUUUCAAGCUGCAGUCAUCACAUCUGCAAUGGAGAAAACGCGAACAGCGCUGCUCAUGCUAGGAAAGUUGUUACUCGCACAGUCUCAACAGAUGGUGGAUCCGGUGCUUAACAACGGGCUGUCUCCCAAUCUGUGCGUUGGGGACCCCAGUCUUUCAUUCACAGCCAAAGGGCUUGAUAUCAACAUGGCCGCAUAUUGCUCGGAACUUGGCUUUCUGGCAAACUCGGUAGUCAGCAAUAUCCAUUCUGCGGAGAUGCGCAACCAGUCAGUCAACUCACUAGCCCUUCUCUCCGCGCGGUACACAGCGGAAUGCGUGGAUGUCCUGACCAUGAUGUGUGCCGCACACCUAUACAUAGUCUGCCAGGCAUUAGACCUGCGGGCCAUGCAAGUGGAGUUCUUCAACACUGCAAAGGCAGCAUGCGAGGCGUCCUUUCACGACCUCUUCGGCCAUAUUGGGACUUCGAGUGGCCGGAGAUUUGACCCAGUAUGGUCAUUUAUUCGGGCUUCGUGGUUAGAAUGGAACCGUUUAGACCUACAGACAAAAUGUACCCAGGUUUCCGGUGACUGCCUGGGGUACAUGGUGAGCAUGGACGACAUGGGAUUUUCUCACCAGGAAUGCUGGGAACCCAUUCGACGCUGGAAGGACGUACUCCUUGCCAUUCUGAAGGACUCCCAUCGCAAGACGCUCGAUAGCUUUACUCAGACUAGGCCAACUCCUCAAUACCUGAGCGAGAGGACAGAACGAGUCUACCGCUUUGUACGGGACAAGCUGCAGGUGCCAUUUCACCAGGGCAUCCAAGACCACCCCACAUUCAACAGGAAAGAAGAUGGAGAGGGGCCAAAACGAACCAUUGGAACCUACGUCAGUCGGAUCUACGCUGCAAUUCGUAGUGAAGAGAUGGCGAGGCUGCUACUGGAUGUGAUGGACGGCCUGGACUUGUGA